AUGUUUGAAGGCAACAGGUGCCCCUUUGGGCGACGUUUCAUACUCGAAGACGGAUCUUCGGCAGUACUCUUUGGAGAUUCAUCAAGGCCAUCUAACAGCAUGGCAAAUUUUGAACCCGCAAAGCCUUUCUCUGAGUCCCCUCGUAGUCCGCACCCAAUUGAACAGCCACUACCACAAGUUUCGUCGAGUAUCGAAACAGAGUCCGGCGAGACUGGAUCUGGCGAGGCAAAGUCGGUCACGAUCACAACGCUAGAGCCUUCAUCAAGUCAGCGAUCCAAGUCAGACAAGGGAAAAUACGACACACUCACCCAUACACCAUCGCUACCAAAUGCUCCAUCAAAGGGUGUCUCGAUAGCGUAUACGCACUCGGAACAUCAGCCCCCAACGGCGCCCAAAGCAUAUACUAUUUUGCAAGGCCGUCCGUGUACGCACGUUUUCAAGAACAGGCUACCGAAAGCUCUCAGAAAUGCCCUCGAGGCAGAACUGACACCCCCUCUCGAUAUGAUGGAACUCCAGCAUCUGCUGCCUCCAAAAGUCAAACUACAAUCCAUCGUAGAUAUAGAGGGUAUCAAGUUUGCCAAGGCCAAGUGUGCCGUUGCCAACGCCCUCCCAUGCUUGCCAGAGCUUUCCCAGCUCAGAUUCAUCGAAUACGACGCGACAGAGCACAAUGGUGAUAGACGGACAUCUAUGCGGUUUCUGGUACUUGACGAGCUUCCUAGGCUCUCAGAGUCAUUGGCCACAGGGCUCCUUACACCGGCUACUGACGCGGUGCAAUUCAGCUGGAAUAACCUGAGGGCUGUGGCGACGGCUGCACGGGGAGAAAUCACGCAGUCAGACGCCACCUUGAGAGAGUAUCGCUUGGCGCGGUUUGAAUGGGAGAUCAUGUGGCGAUGCAUCUACAUGGUCAAGUUCUUGGCCCGUUUGCUCUCAAUGAACCGCUCAGAUGGGACCUUGGGGUACUACUGUUCCAUGCUUGGCUCGGAGAUAGAUUUGGAUCUUUUCAUUGUCGAGAAGGGCAUCUUUAAUUUGAAGCCGCCCUUUGACUGGAAUCACAGCCUCCUCGCACAGAUGUACGGACUCGGUGCCUACGAACUCGCCUGGGUCAAGAGAAGUCGAGACAAGUGCGAGAUGUCGGAGCAGUUGAAUACUUUGAGUAGGUACCACUCGUUGCAAACAUGGCUGGGAAAAAACGCCUGCAAAGACUUGGUCGAGCAGUUCCGUUUCGUGUUUCACGCCAUUAGAGAUUCCAAGAAAAAGUUCCCCUUCCAGUCGCGCGGAAGCAGAGCUGCGGACUGUCGCCGUGAGUUCAAGAUUGCCAAGGUCAUGACCGACAGGGUUGAGCAGGAGCUUGAGAAUAGGGCGAAACGAUGUGGACCUGUGCUCAAAAGAGCCUUUCAAAGAUGUACGGGAGAUUGGACCGAGCUAUCCUGCGAGAGACAACUGGAUCUUCUUGGAUACAGUCAGCGUGGGAACCACCCAGAAUUCCAAAAUCUCGUCCAGCAAUAUAUGCCACUGCAUAUCAGCAAGUGGCAUGUCUUCCCAUACAGCGUCCCGCCCGCUGCUUCGAGAGCUCGAGGGGUCCAGCGACCCCUACAGAACAAUGCACUUACACCUGCUCAACAUGUUAAUAACAGUAUGCACGCCGGUGUGAUCCAGAACAACUACCAGGGCGCUUUUGUUUCAUCACAACCAAUAUGUCCAGCGGGAUUUUAUUGUUUCCAAGUCGGCCACAUGCAAAACCCUGAGGGAAUGGCUCUCGUUGCACCACAACCGACAUGCCCCCCAGAAGGCUACACUCAAGCCAGCCUGACCCAGAACGCUUACAAGGGGAACUAUAUUGCGCCACAACCGACACUUCCUGCAGGAGAUUACAACGGCCACCUCAGCCUGGUGCACACUGUUUACAAUGGGGCUCUCACUGCAUCGCAACAGAGUUAUUGUGCUGGACAUUACCCUUCUCAAGCCGUUCGGAUUCAGGACAACUACAACUACAACAGAUGCCUGGUUGAUUAUGCUGGAGGCUACGUCAUUCAAUACGACCCGGCUUAG